GCGUGUGUGCGUGCCCCGCUUACAAACGUCUUCAUGUCACACCAGGAAGUGCUCCGUAAUCUCUGCUCUGCCUCUACACCGACACAGUGCAAGGUUGUUUACCUGCUGAAAGAGACCAACCAUUCCAUUACUUAAUGCACAAUUCCGUUGUGCCAAAAAGACAGAUACAUACUUCAUGUAGGCCAAUUCAAUUCACCGAACACGAAGUCAAUUAAGGCAAAAACAAGUUUUCGUUGAGUGCGUUCAAGGCCUAUCCUCUUUGGGCGAUGGCAAACACGGCCCUGGGCGAUAUGGGCAGAUAUUUAAAGGAGAUGCUGAACCUUUUAGAAGAUGGCCAGAGGGAGUUGGCAGUGGAGCUGGAGACGGGCUCGUUGAGCAGAAGCAGCUGUCCUGGUCCCCUGCAGGGAGAUGGCCAAAAUGUUGCAAACAUUUGUCAUCUGGUCCAAGAGCUGAUGUGUGAAGAUACAGAAGACGGUGAUAAACAGAGCCACAACAGGUUGCAGAAUGUGGGCCAAAACGGGCACAUGGCGUUGUUGGGCCACUGUCUGACCGCCUACCUCUCCAUGCUCAACAAGGACGGCUUCCGCAAGCUGACCACAAGAAUCCUCUCAGACACCACGCUCUGGCUCUGUCGACUCUUUAGGUAUGAGAACAGUUCCGCCUUCUUCCACGAGGACGACCGAGAGGGCCUGGUCAGAGUGUGCAGGCUGGUGCUCCACACGCUUUAUGAAGACUACGCGUCCGAGGGCUACGCAGCCUUCAGCUCCGCUCAGCCCAUCAUCUACCAGAGCACCUCGUCUAGGGAGGGCCUCGGACAACACAUCUGCAACCAGCUUGGGUUGGCCCUUUCCAGCCUAUGCACGGUGCCGUGUAACACUGUCUUUGGGUCACAACACCAAAUGGAUGUUGCCCUACUGGAGAAGCUUAUCAAGGAGGACCUGGAUGCAGGGAAGCUCCCCUUGCUGCUGAUCGCCAACGCAGGUAACUCGAGCGUGGACCGUGCCUACAGGCUGGGGCGUCUGAAGGAGCUCUGUGUGAAGUACAGCAUGUGGCUCCAUGUGGAGGGGGUCAGCCUGGCUACCCUGGCCCUUGAUGACAUGUCAUCCAGUGUAAAGAGAGCCGUCCACUGCGACAGCAUGACUCUGACGCUGGGCCCCUGGCUAGGUCUUCCUGCCGUGCCAGCCGUCACCCUCUACAGGCAUGAGGACCCCGCGCUGUCGCUUGCGGCCGGUCUCACCGCCAGCCAGCCGGGGGAGAAGCUGCGUCCGCUGGCCCUGUGGCUGUCCCUCCAGCUCCUGGGCAACGAGGGCAUCGUCCAGAAGAUCAGGCACGCCACCGACCUGAGUAAACAGCUAAUGGAGAGGCUAAAAACGGUUCCGUCCAUUAUAACAUCGGAUGUGCUUGAUACAGAGAUCUCGCUCCGGGAGGCUUUGACUAUGGUGGAGAAUGACGUCAGCUCUCCCGAAGUUUUGUUUAGAUUCUCACCGGAAACAAGCUCUGGAGCGUAUAAUGAUUUGGUGGAGGGAUGUUCCACGGAGGACAGGGACAUCAUGGACACGUUUAAUAGAUGGCUGGGCGAGCGGCUGGCCCGGCUGGUGCCCGUCGGCGGGGUGGACGUGGUGGAGCUGGAGGACGAUGGAACCUGCGUCCGCUUCAACCCUUUAAUGACCGCCGCAGGGCUGGGGACCCAGGCGUCGGACGUGGAGGUCCUGGUGGAGAAGCUGCUGGAGCUGGUGCCCGUGCUGUCCUCCACGCUGCGCCUCAGGGACGAGUUCCGGCGGGAGGUGCAGCGCCACAGCCCCUUCCUCAGCCUCAUGGAGGACCUCGCCUGGCCCGGCCUGGGCGCCCUCAGGUAUAACCCUCAAUGGUUUGCAGACGUGUUGGAGGACAAACAACUUCAGGAAGUGGAGAAGAUGAACUGUGAGCUCAUGAAGAAAUUGCAAGAGCAGGAAACCAGCAUCCUCUUCUCCUCAGGUACUUUGACAUGCAGCAUCCUCUUCUCCUCAGGCCCAGAGUAUGGGACCGCCCGGGACCGUAUCUUUGUUGGCAUGGUGACCGAGGACCUGGUGAACGAGGACAUAUCCCACCUGGUCAACACCGUCGCCGCGCUGGGGAGGGAGAUCGAGGAGAACGGAAAGUUAUUUGAGAACAUGGCUGAGGUGGUUCAGAGAGGCAUUCUGGAGGCACAGCUACAGCUGCAGAAGGACAGUGAGAAGAGAAUCCUUGAAGAGGGAGUGUUGAGGCAGCUUCCCGUGGUCAGCUCUGUGCUGAACUGGUUCUCCCCCUGGGAGGCGUCUGUGAAUGGAAGGACCUUCAACCUGACAGAUGGAUUAUUGGACUCUACUGAACCUACAUACUCCAGUAAAGCCCAAACCAGUGCGCUCCAUCUUCCAGACACACCAACAACAUUAUCCAGCAGACUGCAAGGUAAAGGUCGCAAGUUAUUCCUCCAUUCCGAAGACGCGGGUACUGUGACCAACCCAGGCAGGGACUCAGCAGACACUGCAGCGGACGAGGCCGGUGUGUCUUCCAUGCCCCCAGCGGCCCUCAACACCAACCCCUUCAGCCCGAGCUCUCCCGGUCCCCCCUCUGUCGACGCAGACCAGCGCCCAGAGUCCCACGCCGGGCCAGUUGUGCAGCAGGACGACUCACUGACCUCCAAAGAGGGACGGCUGGAUCCGACGGCCAGAUAGGGCAGCUCUCCUCUUUGUUUUUGUCCGACCGGUGGCUAACGUCUGUCAAAGUCGGUCUGCAGCGUAGUGGAUACUUUAAAGUCCAAUCACGUCACAAACUCAACGGUUGGGUCUUGUCUUUGAGCUCGGGGCCGACUCACUGCAGCGAUGGGGAAUAGUGAUACGUCUCUGUGUUGCCCGAAGGUCUAUGUCAGUCUUUUUACAUAUUACCUUCCAGUUAUAUACUACUAAAAAAAAUUGAUAUUUUAUUAAUUUUGUUUCAAUAAAUUACAGAUUUAACACAAAAUAUUUAAUUGAGAAACUGAAGGGAAUAAGGGUCACAAAUAUAUAUAUUUAUUUGGGUUUCCUGGUGUCUGAUGACAAUUUGCACUUUCUAUUUUUAUUUUUUGGGACGGCCUAGUAGUUGUGAAUGAUUUGAAGUCCCAAGUAGUGUGCGAUUCAACCUUUAUACAUUUUCUGCACUGCAUACAGUAGGAGCUAAUAUGAAGGAAUGUUAACAAUUAUUUAAAAUAAUAUUUUGUCCAGAGAUGUUUGAGAUGGACACUUAAUUAUGCAAAUGUAUUAUCUUGAAAUGAUCAUUUAAGUACUUUUGAUAGUAAUAUGGUGGAGGUCUUUAUUUAAAAAAAUCUGCUAUUGUGUGAUCAUAAUGGCAAACCAAAUAACUAUAUGAUAAAGUGCAAUCAUUAAACAUACUUGUAUCAUUCUCAAUGUUAUAUAUCCUUCCAUUUUUGUCAUUAAAAUAAUCGAAUUAGCCCAUUCUGUCAAUUUCUGU